AUGACGACGCCGGGCAAUGUUGCCAUCAUUCCCGAACGACCCGCCCAAAAGGGUUAUUGGAAGAACGAAUGGCAACCUGUCGCGGACAAACUCAUGAGCAUGCUCCUCACGCUUCGUCAAGACACCGAAGCCGGGUGGGUGCAUCGCACCACCACCGAGAAUUGCGACAUUUCCAUCUAUCCACGUAAUCCGGACGACCCCUUCUCGGUUAUGCCCAUGUUCCGCGGCAAGACGCAUGCAACGGGCUUGACCCCGCUCGAAGUGUUUACGGGUAUCCGAAUGACUGGCUUUCGCAUGAUGUGGGACACUCGCGUUCAGUCGGCCCACAUUAUGCGCGCUUUCUCGAUGCACGAGUUCCUCUUCUACCUCGUAUGGCGCGGCAUCGGCCCCAUCUACAAGCCCAGAGACAUUUGUGGCAUCCAGGCGCUCCGCUGUUGGGAUGCUGCGGGCAAUUUGCAGACCAUUCCAGAUUUCACGACCACCAACAUGAUUCUUGGCUACCAGAGUCUCGAUGAGGUGCCGGGCAUCCCCGCCGAGGUCGAGGGUUGUGUAAGGGCCAAAGUCUUCAAAGCUGCGUUCUAUCUCGAAAGCCGCGAUGGUGGUUGCGAUAUCACGUACAUCGGCCACGUUGACCUCGCGGCGCCCAUUCCCAACUACAUCCUGACCACGCUGCACAGUGAGUUGCCCAAGAGCGUCAUCCGUCUUCGAGACAUGUUUGUCACUUUCGGCGUACCUCCCGUGCUCAUCGACCGACAAGGGAGGAUUGCGCUUCAGUAUCUGUCGUGCAACCCAGAGACACGGCAGGUAUCGCUCCACGCUACUAUCAUGCAACCGGGCACGGUGCAUCUCUACCUGGACUACAACAAGAUGUUCACGCAGGGCGUCGUCAUCAGCAACGCGUUGGGUUCGGCUGCGGCUGCUGUGUCGGUGAGGGAACACUUCGGUACGGAAGAUGGCUUGGAGAGGAGGAUGCUGGCUCUCGAUUUGUUGCCCGAAGGUGUGGGGGGUGAGUUCAAGCUUAUCAUUGACGCUGCGGAUAAGGAGGGACCUGAGUCAGGGACGGGGCCGGGAUGGUGGUGA